UGGUCUCUUUCUGAAGAGUCAACCAUAAAUCCAGUAGUGGAUGAUAUUAAAAGUUUGAAUUAAAUGUUUAUUGAUAGAAGGUGAACUAUCUUGGUCCCACACUAGUAACCAAGAUGAAAAGUAACAUCAUUGUUAUGUAAUAUAUAGUUAUAUACAGAGGAUGGUCGAUUCUUGAUUAGCGAAUCCUCUGUCUAUCUCCUUCUUUCACUUUGAGCAGUUAUAGUAGCAAUGAUCAUCGUUGACUUUCAAAACUGCUUCAUUUUUAUCCUCUUAAGCCUCUUUUCGCUACUCUGUUACUCUCUCUUCUUUAGGAAACCAAAAGAACCUCGACUUCACUUUGAUUUACCUCCGAGCCCUCCGUCUCUUCCGAUCAUCGGUCAUCUUCACCUUCUUAUCUCUGUUCUACUCCACAGAUCUUUACUGAAACUCUCCAUCAAGUACGGAUCUAUUCUCUAUCUUCGCGUCUUCAGUUUCCCUGUAGCCCUCAUCUCCUCAGCAUCAAUUGCUUAUGAGAUCUUCAGGGAACACGACGUUAACAUCUCGUCUCGUGGUUUCCCUUCGACCGAUGAUUCCCUUUUUGCCGGAUCUUUCAGCUUCACAUCUGCUCCCUAUGGAGAUUACUGGAAGUUCAUGAAGAAGCUCCUGGUUACAAACUUGCUUGGAGCCCAGGCACUCGAGCGGUCACGAAGAGUCCGUGCAGAUGAGCUAGAUCGGUUUUACAAGAACCUGUUGGAUAAAGCGAUGAAUAAAGAGAGCGUGGAGAUAUGUGCGGAAGCGUUGAAACUCAGUAACAACAUCAUCUGCAAGUUGAUCAUAGGGAGGAGUUGUUCAGAGGAGAAUGGUGAGGCGGAGAAAGUCAGGGCUUUGGCUACCGAGUUAGAUGGCUUGACGAAGAAGAUCUUAUUGGCAAACAUGUUGCGUCCAGGGUUUAAAAAGCUUGUUGUCUCACUGUUUAGAAAGGAAAUGAUGGAUGUUUCCAGCAGAUUUGAUGAGCUGCUCGAAAGGAUCCUUGUGGAACAUGAAGAUAAACUGGACAUGCAUCAUCAAGGUACAGACUUAAUGGACGCGCUGUUGGCAGCUUAUCGGGGCAAAAUUGCAGAGUAUAAGAUCUCUAGGAACCAUAUCAAGUCAUUUUUCGCGGAUCUCUUAUUUGCAGGCACCGACACCUUGGUGCAAACAACACAGUGGGCAAUGGCGGAGAUCAUGAACAACCCUAAUGUUCUUGAGAGAUUGAGAGGAGAAAUUGAUUCCGUGGUAGGAAAGAAAAGGUUAAUUCAAGAAACUGAUUUACCAAACCUUCCUUAUUUGCAAGCGGUGGUUAAGGAAGGACUAAGACUGCACCCUCCUGGUCCUCUCUUUGGAAGGUUCUCCCAAGAAGAGUGUAGGAUGGGAGGGUUUUAUGUACCGGGAAAAACAAUAGUUAUGGUUAAUGCUUAUGCUGUGAUGAGAGAUUCUGAUUCUUGGGAAUUUCCUGAUGAUUUUAAGCCAGAGAGGUUUCUAGAUUUGUCAAGAUCAGAGCAGGAAGAGGAUAGAAGAGAGCAAGCAAUUAAGUACAUUGCUUUCGGAAGUGGAAGAAGAAGCUGUCCGGGAGAAAAUCUAGCAUAUAUCUUUAUAGGAACUGCAAUUGGAGUGAUGGUACAGGGAUUUGAGUGGAGAAUCAAAGAAGAGAAAAUUAACAUGGAAGAGGCAGUUGUAGGACUGAGCUUGACCAUGGCUCAUCCUCUUAAGAUCAUUCCUAUUGCUCGAACACUAAUCCCUUUAACUUAGAAUCCGCUGAAUCGGAGUUCAUGAAUCUUUGCUAAGUAAUUAGGUAGCCAUGCUUUUAUAUUACUGUGUCUGAGUUUUCUGUUUUAGUUUGGCUUAUGUUUGAAACCGUAAACAAUUGUGUAAGUUUCUCUCUUAUCAAUAAUUCCUCUUUCUUUUUCA